AUGCAGUGGGAGCACGAGUUCAAGAUGGAGCGGGGCGAAAUCACCGACACCUCCUACACGGGGCUGGGAGCCGGACGGGAGCCGGAACCCAUCGGCGGCGGCCGGGAGCGGCAGCGGGAAGGCGGAGAGCAGCAGCAGAGCUCCCGACACUCAGACGGCAGCUCAGACUGUGUCGCGGCGACAGCAGAAGAAGCGGGCGAGGGCGGCGGCGGCGGCCGGUCGCCGCCCUCCAAGACGUCGCCUCCUCGGGAGGGGACCCGUAGUCUGGAGCGAGUGGUGUCCGAGGAGGUGUGUGAGGUGAAGCGCAGCGCCUCGGAGGCCAUCAAGGCCACCUUUCUCCGCAGCCAGAACAGCGCCUUCAGGUCCUGGAAAGAGAGGGAGGCGGAAAGGAAGGAGGAGCGGGCGCCCGUCGGCAAGCUGAAGCUCUCCUCCAGGCACGACUGGAGGGCUGACUUGGGCGAGAUCUCCGCUGGCAAGUCUACUAAAAUGUCCCGCCUGUUCGUCCCCACCAUUCAGAACACCCCCCGAGAGAAGGACCCCGGCAAGAAGGCGACCAAGUGCUCCGCCGCCGCCACCUCCUCCUCGCCCCUCGCCGCUAAGCCCAAAGUCCCUGAGAUCAAGAUCAGCCUGGGGAGCCUGCAGCAGCCCCAGGACGCUGCCUUCAGCAUCGCCCAGCUCCUGACGCCGCAGAUCGCAGGCCGGCCGCCAGAGGAGAGCAGGGGCCAGCAUCUCAAGCUGCCCAAGGCCAGUGACGACAAAGUGCCGCAGUUCUUGGUGCGCGACGUGAGGGACAGCAAGCACAGAGCUCAGGGGCAGCUCCACCAGGUGCGGGACGUGCGGAAGCUCAUCAAAAGUUCCUACAACUACGACUCGGGGGAUAACAGCAGCGACAAGGGUAGCGGUGCCUCCGACCAGGGCGUCUCGGAGCAGAAGCCCCGGCAGCAGCUGGUCAUUGCCGGUGUCCCUAGGUCACUCUCCCCCGUGGUCAUCACCUGCCAAGCGGUUGGCCACACCAACACGAAGCCCACCGAGGCGGAGGCCAAGAUGCCGGGCAGAGUGCCGGCCUGCCCCCCGGAGGGCACCGUCCUGGUGCACCGAACCUCAGGGAGACUGCCGGUGGCCACCAUCGCCCCCAACAAGAGCGACCCGCGCCAGCCGGCCGUGCUGAAGAUCGUCUCCAAGUCCGCUGCACCCUGGCGGCACCAGCCACCGCCCGUCGAGCGGGGGCGGGGACCAGAGGAGGACCCGCGGGAGGAGAGCAAGGCGGCGGCACCGGUGCAGAACGCACUGGAGAAGCUGACGGCGGCAGUGCGGAGCAUGGAGGAGCUGUACAGCUUCAACAAGCGCGAGUGGAAGCGCAAGAGCGACCCGCUGCCCAUCACCGACAGCCACGUCCUCUCCCUCAUUACCAGCCAGGAGCGGGGCCCCGGGCCUCGGCCGACCCCUUCUGCUUCCGCCGCCACCGUUCCCCCGCCGCCGCCAGCGGAUAAGGUGGAGGAGCCGUCGGGCAAGGUGCCGGGCAGCGAGCGGCUAUCCCGCCGCCUCUCCAACAAUGCCGCCGACAAAGUUUCGGCCAAGGCGGCCGCCUUCGAGAGCUUGGUCCGGCAGCGGACGCGCGGGCCGCCGCCCUCCCGCUCCGACCCCCCCGCCGCCCCCCGCGCCCUCCUUACCCUCCGCGGAGCAGGGGGAGCCGGAGCCGGGGCCCCCGCGCCGGUCAAGCUCCCCUCUGAGAGCGGUCUGCGGAGCCAAGCGGCGCCACGUUCCCCCCGGCUAUCUGCGGGCGGCGGUGAUGCGGAGCGCAGCCCGGACUGCGGAAACUACCUGGCCUUGCCGCUGAAGACUGCCGCUGAGACCGGCUCCCCCGCCUCUCCGGUAGCAGUGUCUGGGACGGGCGGGGCCGUUCGCCCUAGCCCAGUGUCGGCGACAGCGGCGGCGACGGCGCUGUGCAGCCUGCAACCCUUCGGCACCGCUAAGCGCCCCGGCAGCCCCGGACACCCGCCCGCUGAGGAACCACCCGCCGCAGCCCCGCCGUCCGCCGAGGGUACCCCCGCCGCCCUCUACCGCCCGCCGCUGCCGUUCGCCACCCUGCCCGGCGCCGCAGCGCCGCCGCUACUCUGUUUCUCGCCCUCCAUGCCCUCCGCGGCCACAGCGGCCGAGCCCUUUCCGCAGACGCAGCGCAAGGUGCUGCUGGAUGUGAGCACUGGGCAGUACUACUUAGUGGACACGCCAGUACAGCAGCCCCUCAAGCGGCGUCUCUUCGACCCCGAGACCGGGCAGUAUGUGGAGGUGCCAGUGCCCCAGCAGCCAGCCGUCGCCCCUGUCCCGCUGCCCCUCUCACCCUUGGCCCUCAAUGCUGGGGCCUAUGGUGCCACGUACAUGCUCUAUCCAGGCCUUCUGCCCGCUGCUGCCAUGCUACCUGCCAGUGCUCUGCCACGCCCACUGUCUCACCCUGGCAGUGAUGCCAGCGCCCCGGCUGAGCCUGGCAGCUCAGCAGUGGCAGAGGCAGCUUUCACUGAGAGCCCCUACUAUGUGGCUACCAGCAAGUGCCCCCCGCCAGUGGGAUGCACAGCAACUGAGACGAAGCCAGUCAUCAGCAUCACCGCACCAGCCACUGGCCCGCGGCUCGUCGCGCCGCCUUCCUUCGAUGGCACUACCAUGCGCUUUGUGGUGGAGCACCGGUGA